CUCUCAGUCCUACAGCCGCGCAGCGCUUGACAAGAAUGGCGGCUCUUUUGGAAUCGCUUGUCUCACAGAAAGUGGAUAUUAUUAAGGUGGUGGACUGGCUAAAGAAUGCAAAGGACGGUGACAAGCUGUCGUUCAGUGAACCCGGGCUGACAGUUCAUAAACAGAAGUUUGUCGCUUUUCUAUUAAAUUUUCUGAGAGAGCAAAGUAGUCAAGCACUCACCCAUGGCCCCGCCACACCAGCUAAGACCCCCAGCCACCCUCGGCCUGCUGCACAGACGCAAGGUUUCUCAGACAGGAGGGGCUGCAAGUCUGAUACUGGUGGAAGUGGUGUUCGGGGUGCCAGCCGGGUCCAGCUGUUUUCUCCUGCGUCUGUGUCACCUGGAACUGAAGGAUCUCACUGUUUGAGUGGGGUCAGUGCCUUAAGCAGUCCCUCCUUUUCUACUACAUGGAGCCCUGCUUCAAGGCCUUCAGGAUCUGAACGGCGUGCUGGGCAGAGAAUCAUACUCGGAGACUACAUGGUUUCUCCUCCUGACCUUCAGCACAGCCCUAACUUCCAGUCACAGAAAAGCCGCAAGAAGAGUGGUGGCAACAUGGCAGUGGGGGCACGGGGACGUGGAGGACAAUACAUUGAUGAGACUGGAGGGAGGAGAUCAGUAAGAGGAGGAGGGUACGGUAGAAUAAGCGAGCAAGUUUCACCUCCAUCUGUAGCUGAACUUAAUUUCAGCAACUUGGAAGAGUUCCCUCCUGUUGGCUCCUCACCCAUUUCCUCUGCGGCAUCUAAGCCAUCUAGAAGAAUAAACCCGACACCAGUAAGUGCAGAGCGGCCACACUCUAAACCAAAGACCUGCUUCACAUCAACCCCAUUCAGUAAACCAUCCUGCCCCCUGUCAGGAGUAGAGCCACUUGAGCGGUCAUCGGCAGGAGGCAAUUCUCUGAGGCUUCAGGAAGAGAGGGAAUUACUUAAAAGGGAGAAGACAAAGCGUGCCCAGCAGGUCAGCUCUCCUCUGCCACCCUCUCUGGACCCUUGCACGCCUACCAAGACAGUGCUUAAGACAGGAUCUAAAGUGACACCAGACCAACAGACAACUUCUCCUGAGCCAUCCAAAGUCACUUUCUCCUUGGAAUUGGAUCUUUUGGUUGAGUUGUACUGUACCUGCAUUUCUGAAAACCUUGUGCCAAACAUUUUCUCGGAGCUCUUCUUUGUGAUGCAGUUACUAACGUCUUGGUCCCCUCACGCUCAUGAUGAUGAUGAACAGAAAAGUUUGUGUGCAGUUAAUUCACAUUCAGACAUCCUUGAAAGAUGUUAUCUGAGACAAGUACACAAUUGUGUGUAUUUUGCAGUGAAGGUCCUGGAGAAUCAAUUUCAGUUGGUAGCUCAUUUGGACAAGUGCACGUUGCGUCUGCUGGCAGAGAAUGAACGAGUGGCGGCUUUCUCUCCAGAUCUCAGGGACCGUCUCACUCAGGCCCAAGACAGAAGCACAGCCAAGCUCUCUCCUUCAGUGUCCACUUUCAUCCACUCAGUCCCAUUCCAGCCUGAUACUGACAACCGAUCCAAUUUUGAUAGUGACAAGGCCUUCCACAUCUUUAAAAAACAGAGAGAUAUUUUUUAUGAGGUGCUGAGAGAGUGGGAGGACUUUCACAAGGUACCAGGGUGGAAUUUUGACACUGCACUUGGAAAUAGGAUCAGAGGAAUGAUGAGUCAGCUGACCUCUACAGGAAAUCAUUCCCAUUUCGCCCGUCUGUUCCUGAAGCAGCUUGUUCAGAUGUGUAAAGGUCCCCGAGUAAACAGCUCAUCUGGAGAUGCUCCUGAUGCUGACCUGCUAGGCAUGUUGGGAGCUGAGGGUCUAGGACGUCUGAAGCGUCUUGAAGAGCGUUUUAUUCAGCCUUAUGGAGUUGUUGGCCCCUGCCCUCCCCCAUCCUUCCCUGGCUAUCAAGAGUUCUUCAAGGACUUCCUGCAGGCAGCUAGCUGCUGCCAGCUGAACCAGCACCUGCAGGACAGCUUGUGUCAGCAGCUACUCCAUCUGGAUGAGGAGUCCAUCCUGAGCCCUCCAACUUCCGUCUGUGAGCGAGAAAAGGAGGAGGAGGGAGACGGAGACAUGGAGCAGCAGGAUGAGAAGCAGCGGUUCUCCUCGGUGCUGCUUCUAGCUCGUCUUCUGGCAAAGUUCCUGGGAUUCAUUUCCUUUUUGCCUUACCAAACAUCUGAGAGACCAUCCAGAGAGAUACAGGAGACUGCUAUAGCCCUGCGCAGCAAGAGUGUUCCAGUGCUGGAUGUGUGGGCCGUGUUGAGAAACAGUAUGAGGAGGAGGCGCACCAUCCUGACUGUACCCUGGCUGGUGGAGUUCCUCUCAAUGCUAGACUUUAUCGGCCCUCUGCUUCUUUGCUACAGGACCACAUUGGGCACAUUGCUUCUCCUAUAUAGGAGAAUGGUGCUUGGCCGAUGUGAAGAAAUGUGUUACCUGAAUAAGCUACUAAUGUUGUCAGUAUUAGGCUGGCUCUUUCAGAUUCCAGUGAUUCCAGAGGACAUUUUUUUCACCAGUGAGUUUACUGUGAUGGCCGAGGUGGAGGACAGUAACAUAAAUGUUGCAGGGCUUGACUGUAUUCCUCUGGUGGAUCAACAGCUUCUUUAUACAUGUUGUCCAUUUCUUGGUGAGUUUCGCAAGCUCCUAGCUGCCUUUGUGUCUGGAAGCACAGCCAAGAGUGGAGGAAUUAUCCGCAAGAUUACUCCCACUUCUGCUGAGCUCAAGGAUACGCCAGUGGCUAACAGGUCGCAGCAGAAACUGCAGGUGGACCUCGAGCAAGCCUUCUUUCACAACCAGCCUCCGUCAUUACGUCGCACUGUGGAGUUUGUAGCCGAGAGGGUUGGAUCCAAUGCAGUCAAGCAUAUGAAGGCUACCUUAGUAAAUGAGUUGGUGAAGCGAGGAGAAAAGAUGCUGAGAGACGGACUUUGGUCGCCAAACUCAAAUCCCUCAAAACUAAACGACUCCAUCUGUGCUCAAUUGUGCGAUGCAGGCUUGGAGGCUUUGGCAAGAGCCACCAGGUUUUGCUGUGAGAAGAGCCCUGAAGCCAUACGAAUACUGCUACCCGAUGAGACUUCCCCUUCUGUCCUGACCACUUCUGAAAACAUCACCAAACGUCUUGCCACAGAAAAAGCCUGCAGUUGGCUUUCUGCUAACAUUACAGCACUCAUAAGACGUGAGUGGAAGAGCAGGUAUGACCGUGUGAUGAAGACUCUCGGUAGUCCAGCUGUUCCAGAUUCUACUGAUGUGGACAGAGUGGUUGAGCUGGUCCCUCGGGAAAAGUUGCAAAGUCCCAAGAGGAAACAAGGAAGCGAGAGUGAGAGAGUGAUGUGUUGCCCUCCCCACUGUGACCACAGUGCUUCACUGCCCUCUGACAUUCUCGUUGAAAUUAAGGAGCUGCUGAGCGUUGUUGUUGGUCCGAGGACUGAUGAGGAGCUGCCCACUUGCUCUCAGCUUCUAAUCUUGAUACAGAGAGUGGGAGCCACAUUGUCUUGCAGAAAGUUUUUGAAUGCAAUGUCAGAGCAGAUGCUUCUGAACUGUAGUGUCCUACUGGCUUGCAAACUGGUGUCUGCAGAGCUCCCGGUGUUGCCUCUGUCAGGGUGCAGCGGGGAUGUUGUUGGUAAUAGUUCAGGGUCAGAGCCUCCUGUCACAGCGCUGCUGGAGCAGCUCGCUGAGCUGUGGGAGAAAGACAGCUGUUCCUCCACCCCUCUCCACCUGCUCUUCACCCCACUUACAGUCACUGCUGUGCUGAAGGCCAGCGACACCGAGAGGAAGAACUACCUGUUCCUGGUUAGAAAACUGGUGGACAGAGGGUUAUUAAGCAGAGAGGAGGUCAUAUCUCAUUGGAAAAAGCUAACAGAUCUGGCCUUACCUGCGGAGCUGAUAGAGAAUUUUCAGCUGAAGUCAGAGACUGUGAAACCCACUUCGCCUCUGGCUGAGUUACAAAGUCAUAUGGACAUUCUGCAAGUCUCACAUCAGACGGUAGAGGGAGCUACAUGACAACAGUAGUAGUACUCAGUUUCCCCACCCGAACUUUUGUGUGAUCACCAGUGUUUUGUCACAUCUGCAAGUGUGUUGUUCAAGAGGGAUGCAGUUCUGAGUGACUUCUUGUUGCUGAUUGUCAAAGAGGUUUACCAGUCAGGCUUUACAAAGUUCAGACUUAUGUUCUUUACCUGUGACAUAAGCUCAGGUGCCAAGGAGAACCAGAAAAUUCUGUAGCAUCUAUGGACCACAAAAUCUCAUCUUAGAUCCAAGGGAAUUUCCUGCAAGCCAACCUGGUUAGGUGGCUUUGUCCUUAGGCAAACAAUAAACAAAAUAUGAAGACCAAGAAUAAAUUAAAAUCACAGCAAAUUAAUAGCCAAAACUGAAGAGAGCUGGGCAAAGAAAUGGGAAGUUUUUGCAUUCAAAAAAGUUGAGUAAUUAGCAUUUAGCACAUAAAAUGUAUAACAUACCGCAAGCUUCAAAAUUAGAAAACAUCACGUUUGUCUAAGAGUCAGAAUUGUUGAUUUUAAUGCCACUGCAUAUAACAAGUGUCUUUAUUUCAGUAUAGCACUUUCACGCUGCCUUUGACCGCUUGACUAGUGACUGCAUGUUUAUUUCAUAAAUGCAAAACAGCAUUUGUGAUAGGUUUUGUUCAUGUUGAACAAGCACCCUACUCCCUGCUGCUUUUAAAAUGAGUUUUUAAAAAAAAUGUUGCUGCAUAGUUCAAAUAAAUGAUAGAUGUAUUA